AUGGAGUAUCUUCGACCGGCGACUAACGUUAUCCUCCAGGUGCGGCACUGUGCUAGGAUUUCGACACUGUUAGACGGUCUCUGUAUACCGUUCUACAAUGUUGUUCAUAACCUUGAAAGAUCUCUGUCGUUUCGAACCGCAUCAGAAGAGCCGUCAGCCUGCGAUGUCAUUUCACGAUUGUCAACGAUUCAAGGCUCUGCUCCGGAAGACUCUGAGAAUCCUCAUAAAAACAUUAUACAUAAUCUCUGUGCCUCCGCUGGCAGCCUCUUAGGUUGUCGAUACCCCGGGACCUACGACGGUUCCGCGAUUGUAUAUGGCAACGCCUCUCGUCUGUGCGAUGCCAUCCUGGCAUUCCUGUAUGCCGUGUUCAGUGAUGUGUAUGGUAACCAGCCGUACGUUGCUGGUAGAGAUGUAUUGUAUGAUGAUGUGAUUGUGCAGCUGAAAUCCCAACUAUGGCGUGGCCACAAGGGGUUUCGUCAAGCCAUCCACAAGGUGGCCACUGGCCUCCAGAGGUACAAUGCCGCUGUCGAGGCUUCGAACAAGAAAGUCAAGGAGCCGAUGGAAACUGUGUUGGAAUACGUGAAACCAGAUGGUGAGUUGUGUCAAGGUAUAAAAGAUUUGCAGAUAUCGGAAACAUCGACGUCAGCUGAAGAUGAGAGAACUGUGGACGCCGCGGUCACCCUGGUGGAGCGGUGCAGAGAGGUUGCCAGGGUGUUUUCCAAAAGCUUGACAGCGGUAAAAGAUGCCAUUAACGACCUGAACCCCAAGCUGAAAAGAAAGCUCGAGAACGCCAGGAGAAGCUUUUUCAAUCACGUCGACUGGCUGAGCAAGUGGUCCAAGAAGGGGCAGAAAAAGCGGUUGGACAAGAUGAUACAAAAAAUGAAGAGUAGGCUUAAACAGCUCGCGAAGGCAGUCAAGGACAGAAUUAAACAAGAAGUGCAUACGGUUGUCGAGUUGUUGAAGAAACGUGUUAGGGAGAUUAAAAUGAAGUUGGAAGGCAUUACUGUCAGUCUGGAGAAAUAUGUCAACGAACUCGGGCAGUGUAUGGGAGAGGCAAAAAAGUAUAUUAAGGAUGUGAAAAAGUAUGUUAAUGACAUAAUGCAGCAACUUGAUGGAGAGAAUAGGCAGGCGAUUGACAAGGCAGCCGCGGACAUUGAUAGUGAGCUUGGCAAGAGAGUUGAGGAGUUGAAUCAGUGGAUUGAGAAUGCGGAGGCCGCCGUUACUGUGGCUAAGGAGAAGGCGGAUGAAGUGCAUAAAAGAGUGGAUAAAGGAGAUAAGAAUCAGAAGAUUGGUGGAGGACUUAAGAAGAUUGAAGCUGCAAGAAGCCAAGUUGAGAGCGUGAGUCAGGAUAUACAAACUGUUCACGGUGAUUUGGAGUCUUGGCAAACUGCGGCGCAAGGUGUCCUCAGCAACGCUGCUAAGACGGCCGGAGAGGUGAGUAAGCAAUUGGAUCCCUCACAACAUGGUGAUCCCCAUCCAAUCGGUGAGAACCUUGUGAAUAUUGAGACCGCUAAUAAGACUAUUUCAUCCGCAAAUGAACAACUCAAAAGUCAAGUAGAUAAUUUGAACCAAUGGAUCACCGAAGCAGAUGAAAUCCGCAAGAAUGCGCAGCAGAAAGCCGAGGAGGUUUACAAAAGUUUGACAGUUCAUGAGCAGCUUAGUAAGAAAAUCAAAGAUAUUCAGAAUGCAAAUAAGGAAAUACAGAAUGUUCAUAGUGGUCUGAGUAGUGUGGACGACAAGUUGGAAGCGUGGAAGCAAGAGGCUGCGAAUGUGAUUCAAGGGGUGGUUGACAGGAUGACGGAAGUGCAUAAGAAGUUGGAUCACGGAGAUGAACAUCAACCGAUUGGUCGAGGAAUCACUCAGAUUAAAGAUGCUAGAGCAAAGGUUGAAGAAGUCGAUAACGGGUUAACAUCUGUUAACGACGAUUUGCAGAAAUGGAGGGAGGCGGCGAACAUUGUGCUUAAUAUAGCGGUGAACAGAGCAAAGGAUGUGCAUAAAGCAUUGGAUCCUACGAAAGGAGAUGCGAACCAUCCUAUUGGUCAAAAACUUAAUGAAAUUGAUACUGCUAAUAAUGAAAUUAAAAGCGCAAAUGAGAAGCUUAAAACACAAGUUGAGGCUUUGCACAAGUGGAUUGAAACUGCAGAAAAUAUCCGCACCGCCGCUGAAGCAAGGGCCAAGGAAGCCUAUGACAAGCUGGACGUUCAUCAGGAGCUGAGCAAGAAUGUUAAGAGGAUUGUGGAUGCUAAAGACAGGAUUAACGAAGUGCAUAGAGCAGUUGAAACGCAAGUUGAGGAGUUGGGACGGUGGAAAGAUAAGGCUGAAGAGGUGAUUGGCGGGGCGGUUGAAAAGGCGCAGUACGUUCAUGAUAGGUUAGAUAUAGGUGGUAAAGGGACGCAGUUGAAUAGACAAAUAGAGGGAAUUGAACAGGCAAAUACGUCGAUUCAAAAUGCAAAUAAAACGCUCGAAGAACAUGUUGCCAAUCUGGGUAAGUGGCAGACUGCAGCCAGGGAUGUCAUUGACAAGGCCGACGAUAAGUGUGAUGAGAUACUCAAGAGGGUUAAGACAGAUCCCAGCAGCAAGAAGGAUUCAAUUUAUAAGCAAUCUGCAUUGUUGAGAGAUAGAGGCACAAAGCUUUUGCAAGCUGCUACUGACGCUAAGCAUAAAGUUGAGUCCAAGGUGAAGGAUGCUUUGGACGCUGUGGAGGCCAUGGACUCCGAUCUCAAGAAGGAUUUGUUUGAAGUGAAGAAAAAAAUUAAGGAGGGGAUAAACAAAGUGAUUAGUGAGUUGAAGGUUGGUGAGUUGGGUGAGGCAGUGCAGAAGGAUUUGAAGCAGUUGAGGGAUAGGAUUGAGGGGCUUGGUAAAGGUCUGACAGACACCAACGAAGAUAAUCCGAUGGUCGGCAGUCACAUAAAAAUUCUUAAAAGUCAUAAGGAUACGCUGGGCGGUGCUGUUAACAACAUUAAGACUGAAACGGAGAAGAAGCUAGUUGACAGCUUUAAUGAGAAUAUCAGGGGUCCUCUUAACAAAGGGGUAGAAAAAGUCACAGAAGAAAUUGGGAAACUUUACGAAAAAUUUUACCCCCAAAACGGCAGCGUAUCGGAGGCGGACAGAAAGCAUCUUCAAAAGAUUUUUGAGCAUAUUAAAAAGCAAGUUUCGGUGAUUAAGGGGACUGGUGAGAAGAAUCACGAAAGUGGCAUUGAUGGCAUUGUCGCGAACGUAAGAGGUCUUUAUGACGCAUUUGUUGAGGGCAACGGCAAAGGGGUUGAGGCAAGAGUAGAUGGAUGGCUUGGAAGUAUUUUGGGGAUCAAUCAGAAUCAACGAGGGACGCAGACUGAUGGGAUGAAGGCUGUGACAUCGUGGAUUAACGUGUAUCGACAGGCAACUAAUGAGCGUGACAACGCUUUGAAAGCCGUCAAGGAUCAAAUAAAGGAAGCACUUGGAAAUCAGAUUAGAACCGGCCAGGCUAGAAUAUCAUCCGGAGACGUAAAGGAUAACAUUGUGCAAAAUCUUACGAAGGUCAAAGAGGCUUGCCAAGCAUUUGUUGAGGCGCUUGAUGCCGAACUGACUAAGGACCGUAUUGAAAAAUUUGUCGCUCCGAUAGUCCAGAAGAUUGCUGGUUCAUCCGGAGGGCGUGCGCGGUCGGGUGUAAAUCCCGAACAUGUCACCACCGCCGUUAAAGCCGCCCUUAUUGCGCUUUGCAGUUGCGUCAGGCAAAUUGCCAUCGAAAUCGAAUCAUUAGCCAUCAAUAAGUUUGGCAAAAUCAUAGACAAAAUCAAGCCAACUGUUGAUGGGCUUAACGAUAAGCUUGCCCAGGCGACUACACCUCCUAGCACCGGCGCAGCAAGUCACGCACCUGGCGCAGCCCUGGCCGUGGACAAGGCGAUUGACCAAGUGAGGGAGGAGGUUGGUAAGGUUGAGAGUAAUUUUCAGACUCAUGUCAAAAAGCCGGUUGAAGAAGCGGUCCAAGGCCUUGACGCUGCCGUUACCGAGUACGACAACAAAGCUAAACAUCAAGUCAUGAAAGCGGCCGAGGGGGCGAUUGACGAGGCAGCUAACGUGAUAAAUACGGAUCGAGAUGGAAGUCAGAUUGAUUUGAAAAGUAGGAUGCCGAAUUUUCACAAAGCCCACACAACUAUCACAUCGAAUAUGCAACCGCAACUUGAAAAAUUACUCAAUGACCACAUUGGGAGGGAUGACACACGUGAUGCUAAAAUGGACCAAGUAAAGCUGUCGAGAGAUUUUGAAAAAUAUGAUGAUCAUGUACGCAUCGGCUCUCUAACGGACUACGUGUAUGGACGACUCUCGCUUGCGAUUGAGAAGGUCAGAGAUGAAGGGCUGAUGGAGAUUAAUGAGCUUAUUGGUAGGAGAAGUGGCGUGGGACCAACAAUCACAGAUAAGCAAAUAACUGAUUCGUUCGGCGCAAUAAAGAAGCAGCUUGAAGGGGUCGUCGAGUCGGUUAGUGAGAAAAGGAUAGGGUAUCUUGGAGUGUCAAUCACAAAUGGCAGUGGGUUGAAGACUCGUCUGACUGGUUUAACAAAAGCGCUCGGUGAUGGAAAGUUGGAUGGGGCUGAAAAGGGUCUAGGUGCAAUCACAACAGCCAUUGGAAAUCUGCAAAGAGAUACGUUUGGUCCUAAGUCCAAGACCAUUGAGGAAGCAGUCAAAGUUGUUAAGAAGGAAGUUGAAGAGCUUAAGAAGAAGUUGCUGAAUGGUGCAGAGCCAAAAGGUGUUAGUGAUCAGUUGACAGAUUUGCAGAAUCAGGGGCUGGGUGAUCAAGAAUAUGCUUGGCAGCCAAAUAAUAAUGGUCCAAAAAUCAGUGGUAUAGGGAAGAUCAGGAAAACCAUCGAGGACCAGAAUGCAAAGUUGCCGGAGUUAUCGAAAGAAAUUGGCGAAGCCAUGGUUAUGGUAAUGAAGGAUAUACGCGGCGUGCUUAGAGAAGUCGGGAUGAGGUUAAGUCAUCAUAUAAUUCCUGAUGAUGACCUUUUGCGUUAUUUGCGCGGAUUGAAAGGUAAGAUUGGAACAGAAAAAGCAGAAUAUAGAAAUCUGCAGGAUAUCACAAAUGAGAUUAACGGCCUGUGGGCAAAGAAAUUCGGCAAGUAUCCGCACAAACUUCACUUAGCCACCGGUGUAAUUAGAAGAGAACUAAGAAAACUUCAAAGUGACCUUAAAGGUGACAAAUACAACGGCAUCAUCGAACCGUUGAGAGAAUUGAAAGAUGUUGGCUUGAAUGAAAACGAUUGGUAUAAGAAUUUAAACAAUAAAGGCCAUCAGAAAAUUGAAAAUGAGCUCAAAAGUCAACAAAGUAUGUUAAGCUGGCAACCGAAACUAAUCGGCUCAGGCGUGGAACAAAUUGCUAAUGUGCUGGAAGAGGUGCGAACUGCGUUGCAGAGUAAUGACGGAGGUAGGAAAGGUGACGUGAUAAACAGAUUGGGAGCUCUACUAAGAGAUGCAUUCAAUGGCUCAGAGUGGCAGAAUGGUAGAGGUAAAAAAUCUGCUGGUCUUGAGCAAAUCCAAGAUGACCUUAAAUGGCAGAAUACACAGUUAUCUGCGGCAACCAAAAAAAUUGAUGACGCAACAAAUACGGUCAUGAGAGAAACACAGGAUAUGCUUAGAAAGGCAGGCCAGAAGUUAAGCGAUGAACUCAUGGACGAUGACAUCCUUGACAAUUUACGGCAGCUACAGAAGAAGAUUGGUCUAGAUCAGAGUAACGGUGGAAGUAUUCAAACAUUUCAGAGAGAAAUUGGUAAGCUGCAAGAAGAUGCGUUUACUGAGAGCCCCCAACAAAUUGAGAAAGCCCAAAAGAUAAUUGAACAGGAACUUGCAAAUCUUAAAGGUGAGUUGCAAAACGUUGUUACCGAUCCGUUGAAGGAGUUGAUGGAACAGGGGUUUGGUGGCAAUGAAAAUUGGAAUGGCCAGAAAGUCAGGGGUUUCGAUCAUAUUAAGCGCAAUCUUCAGAGUCAACAAAGUCAGUUAUCCAACCAACCCGGCCAAAUCGACUUAGGCAUGAGAGACAUAACCGAAGAGCUUCAGAGUAUUCGAGAUGCGUUGCAGGGAACCGCUGACGGUAAUCCCCAAGACAGAGGCGUGAUCAAGAAUUUGGAAUUCAUGACAAAGCAGAUCGGCACUCACGACGAUGCAGGCCUUAAGAAAAUCAAAAGUGACAUAGAGUCUCUUAAACAGAACCAUGUCCCAGUUAUUACCAAACAUCUUAACAUCAUGUCCAGUGCUAUUACCAACGCAUCCGGACAACUGGGCUGGAAUCUGGGUCAGCUGGAUAAUCCGCAUAUCGAUGUCAAACUCAAAGGCAUACAAGAUGGUCUCGACAACCUCCGACUCACAGACCUUGCCGACGCCAUCAAGUUGUGUGACAACUUCCUCAGGGAAGCCUACGAGAUAGAGAAGAACACCUUCCAUGCCCUUUUGAAGCACGUCGACUGUGAGGUGGACGAUGCCAUCAAGGACCUCACCAAGGAAGCCCGUGGCCUGUACGUGGACUCGGUGAGGGAGGCGCUUGAAUUGUUUGCCAAGAAGGUCAAUGAGGAUUUGGGAGAUCUGCCAAACGAUAUAAACAGGGAUAGGUACGUGGGCUAUAAAGGGUUCAUGAAGUACUUGCAAGGACCGCUGAGCUCCGAUCUAACAGGUGAGGAACAGAGCGUCGCAGAAUUAUCAUCCGCAUUCCAGGAAGUGUUCGAGCAAAUUGAGAAGUAUGUCGCAGGGGAAAUCACCAGGCUGCACGACGAGCAAAACAAGGAGAGGAAUCCCUCUUUGCCACCAACCGAGGAUCCAUACACGCCUAAGCUCAAAGAUGUUUAUGACGCGUUGACUGCGCUGCUCGCCUACCUUAGAGACAAUGAUGGCGAUGCCGACAAACUCACCGCGCUGGUCGAGAGGCUGACCAAGGCGCUGAGUGAUUUGGUACCCUCCGACUUCAAGCACCCGUCCACGCCGCUGCUGGACACUGUCUCUCGCGGACUUUCCAAAUUUGCCUGUGAGUUUAACAACACGUACAUCUCAGCCUACUCCGGUCAGCGGUGCAGGGAGGAGCACGCCCACAAGUACACCAAGGUGUUACUGAGCAUGAUACCUAUGACGUACACAGCGCUUACUAAUUUGAUGAUGAAGUGUGAGAGUGAGUGGAAAGCACUUCACAUUAGUAAGUUGACAGCUGACGACAGGGACAACGCACUUGGCAACUACCUCACCCGGUGCGGCUACAGGGUGUCAAGAUCCGGGAGUGAGCAGGACGGCGAGUUGAACAUGUUUAUUGGCGGUGGGAUUUACGAGUUGCUCACCACCCCAAUUGAGAGUGUGGACAUCGAGAUGCUUGUUGACGGUGAGCAAGUAACUUACGAUAUUAACUUGGUCCACAUCAUAUCGCUGCUCUACAACACCCUAUGCCACUACUUCCAGGUCUGCCACCUCUACGUUCCCCCUGAGCCAAGAUACCCGUGCACAGUCAGGGACAUGCUGUCGUGGCUCUCCGGGCUGCAGUAUACACAGGUGGCAGACAAGCUGCCUGACCACUGCAAGGCGUUGCUCAACCGCCGAUGCCACGAUGGCGAUAUCCCCAACAGGGAGGAUCCUGUCAUGGCCAACUGCAUUAGUGAGCUACCCUAUACCAUUGCAGCAACAUGUUCACACUCCACUGCCCUGCUCACCGCCAUACAGGGCAACGGCCACGGCUUCGACCUCGCCGCCUACCCAUAUUCGGUGGACUUCUCCAACAACCGUGCUAAGCUCCACUACCCGGCUGACCCUGACGCAUUGUUCGAUAUGUUACGUGCGUUCGUAUGCCGCCUGUGUAGAGUGCUCUAUUUCCUGUACUCCCAGUGCUGCCGCAGCACCGCCCGGGUCAAGGGGUGGCGGGAGUGCACGUACGGUCGGCAAGUGCAGUCACACCAUUGGCAGUGUAAUAUAAUGAGGAGAGGCUCCACUAAUACUACAAGUACUACUACCGGUACUGGUACAACCACCACUUCCACCACCAUUCACGGCUGCCCUCCCACCUCGCCGCUCCAGUCGUUCCUCUCCGACCGCUGCCACGGACUACUGCCGCAUACCCUAACUGCUGCAGACGGCAUCAUCGAGUGUGCCAACUGCGCCGACAAUCUGCCCGGUCAGCAGUGCCUCACCCCGCUCGGCUUCUGGGAUAUAGGCUUCGCCGCCUCCAUAAGUGGCACGGGGUGGGACCUUAUCAAGCGCCUCGGCGAUAUGUGCCGUGACGCCGACUCAUGUUUGUUCGUGCUCUGUCGGACUCUGUUCCAUCUGUGUCCCAUUGCACCCUCAUCACUCGCCGACGUGUUUGCAUUGUAUGCUCAGGUGCUACGGAAGUGGGACAGUCAUGACUGGCAGGAGCACCGUGGCGGCAGUUACACUGACGCCUCCGAUUUCAUAUCGCAUCUCAACACCGACGGCAUCGACAGUCUCUUCCCACUGUGGAAAGAGCUCCACGGCAGCUACGAAAAUACCAAGCUCACCAGUGCCAUCGCAUCGCUCGUCGGCCAUGACCACAAAAGCCACGAUGCGCUGUCGAGCCUCUGUAACGACACCACUUGCAAGUCACCCCGUGGCUGCGCUCCCUACCUCCAACCCCUAGGACUCCAUGCCCACCACACCUACCCGCAGAAGCACUUCGGGCUAUACAUCACGUGGAUGCUGCACCUGGCGUGGCAGUUCUGGGAGUUGCUGUCUGAUUUGUUGCAGGCGCUAGACAACAUCGACUGCACGGCGUCCGGUUGCGCCACAUGCCCCUGUCAACCUGGCACCCACGGUGGAAAUGACACCUGUCACUGCCCAUCCAUCGUCCAGUGCGCCGGACCUCUGCCCACACUCUACCGCUACGGAUUCACGUUUCGCAACGCAAGUCUCCUGGUCACCGACAACUAUGCCAUUCGCUGCGGCGACCUCAACACACAACUCAAAUGGGCGCUGCACUCCGACCACUUCACUGAAUUGUUCCGGCAAAUCGACCAACUCAUGUGGCACAUCCGGAUGCCGUUCCUAUACUGCUUCAUCGUACUGUGGUCUCUCGUAGCGCUGUACAUACUCCACACUUUCCUCUACUGCCUGGACGUCUUACGCAUCAGGUCACAUCUCCUGACCACCGAGGCCUCGCACCUCAUCGAUGUUAAGGCGCUACUCAUCCCGAGCAGAAAAAUGCUUUCACUCUACGACGCCAGUUACUUCGAUGAUGACCCCAACGAGCUACUCAACUUAAAAUAA